CGUACGUCGAGUGUUACGCUAUGUCACCCACUCACAGCACUCUCUAAGUUCUAGUAGAUGACGGCAGAGACUCAAAUGGAUAAGGCAGCAACCAAACCGGAGCCUAAAUUUUCCCCUGCACCAAAGCUGCGUGGAAUGGCUACUAGAGCCGUUGAGAAAGGCGGCGCCGGCGAGGAAACGGAAGGGGAUGAGGGAGGCCGUUCUGAUGGUUGUGAUGAUGAAGGAGAGGACGGGUCGCUGGACAUGGAGCCGAUGGAUUUGGACGAGUGUCUUCGCAAUCUGCCGGUGGUUGCGGCGGAAGAGGUGGUUCAGCGCCGGCUCAACCGCCUUAGAAAGCUCAUGGCGGUGUACCGCGGGCAGUACUGGGCGCUGCUGGAGGAGCUGCGCGCCAAGUACCGCCGCUUUUACAUGCGCACGGGGCAGAGCGGAUGGAAACAGUCCGCGCCUGCAGCAGGCGCGCAUCCUUCCGCCAUGGGGGUGACAGGGGGAGCGGGAGAAGGCGGCGAGUUCCACUUUCCGCCUGCUUCCCGGCCCCAUGCGCUUCUUCCGCCUCCGCCGCCCCCCCUUGCGCCCCCUUCCCCGAGAGACAUGGGUUUCAGGGCAGCUGCUGGGCUGGGCGCAGAAGAGGGUGGCGGAGCAGGGGGGGAGGGCGGAACAGCAAGGGGAAGCGGAGCAGCGGGGGAAGGCGGAGCAGCACGGGGAAGCGGGGCAGUGGCGGGGGGAAUGGGCCUGGGGGGAGCACCAAGGCCGGAGCCGCACGCGCCUGACAAACCAGCGAAUGCCACGUUGCACUGCGCUGCCCCUGGUCCCUGUCUGGCGAAGCCCCUGGCUCUGUCCGUCUUCUGUUUGAAUCACAUUCUUUUAGAGCCACGCCAGAGGCUGUACAAGCCCUGCACCUACAUCGUCUGCUGGGGCUCCAAUAACGGGGCGCACGUGCCCUGCGGACGCCCCGCUUUCUCCGCCUUCUCCCCCGUCCUCUGCGCCCACCACCGCCACCUCGUCCCGCCAACUCAGCAGCCGUUCCCGCCACGUCACCGGGGGUACCUGGAGCCCGUUAUAGUGGAGGCGGGCGCAGGGGGAGGCGCGGGGGGGGAGGAUGGGGGGAAAGGCGGAAGGAGGAAGGGGAGGAAGCGGAGGAAGAAGGGAAAGGGGAUUCCAGUAGGGGGAGCAGUGGGGGCGGAUGGUGGGGACCUUGGGGGAGGGAAGAAGCAGGUGGGAGUGCUUAGUCUGAGUGUGCUUAUAACGGAGAUGGUGCGGACGAUUCAGACACAAAGGCGAAUGAUGGAGGAAGAAGAGGAGAGGGAGGCGGAAAGGGGGGUGGAGGCAGAGAGGAGGCGAGAGGAGGGGAGAAGAGAGGAGAGAGAGGAGAGAGAGGAGAGAGAGGAAAGAGAGGAAAACGGGGAGGUGCAGAGCGGUGGAGAACGGGAGGUGGGGGAAGGAAGUGGGGAGAACAGAGCAGGAGAGGAGAGAGGAGCUGCAGGGAAGAACGGGGCGGAUGUGGCAGAUCCGGCAAAGGAGGGAUUUGAGUUUGAUGACGGUAUGGACUGGAUGCUGGGGGACAUGGGGGGGGCGGGAGGGAUAGGAGGCGGGGGAAUGACAGGAGCAGGGUUGGUUGCGACGGCAUAUGAUGGGCCUGGUGCUUCGGCCCACCCCCCUGUCGUCCUCUUCCUCCCCCAUAGCAGCAGCAGCAGCAGCAGGCGCAGCCCCAUGUACCGCUCAGCUGCUGCUGCUACUGCUGCUGUUACUUAUGGUGCAGGGGGCACAUGGCCUUCGCCUGGCGGGGACAGAACGGACCCCCUUUUUGCUGCUGGGGGGAGCAACCUCCCCUUACCUGCUGCUGGUAGUGCUCCUAACAGGCCAUCUAUGUCAGUGGUUGCUGGUGAUGGUGCGGCUACAGCCGCUGUUCCGAUGGGGGCUACAGGUUCUGCUACAGCUGCUGUGCGUGGCGGUACAGGUGGGGGGGAAGCAUUGGCCGAGGCCAGGCCGGCUGGAGCAGGAGGAGCAUGGGAGGUAGGAGGAGUAGGGGAAGCAGCAACAGCAGCAGGAGCAGCAGCAGAGGCGGCAGCAGGUGGGGGGGGAGGUUGGGAGGGGCAGAACGUGGGACCUGGCAGGAGCAAAGGGGGAGAAGUUGGAUUAAAGAGAAAGCGAGAGGACAGUGCAGGCACUGUUAACCCGUCUGCUGCUGCUGCUGCUGCUACUGCUGCUGCUGCAGCAUCCCAACUUGGAAUGAGCAUGGGAUUAGAGAGGGAGGUCGGAAUGGGGCUGGCUAGGGACAGGGGUAUGAGUAUGGGUAUGGAUGUGAGUAUGGAUGUGAGUAUGGAUGGCCUUGCAGGAACUGAACAGUCUAUGCAAUACCAGCCUCACAUGCUAUAUUUUGAGUCGACUCAAAAUACGCCUCACAUGCUGGAUAGAAGCGCGAGUGCUUCACACGGACAAGGUUCUCUUGUAGGCUCGAUGGCUGGGGGGCUGCAGAGAACAUCAGGAGGUAGGGCAGCGGUCCCUGGGGCAGGAAUAGCCGGGGAAGCAGCAGCCGGGGCAGCAGUAGUUGGGGCUGCAGGAGGAUCAAGUGUGCGGCUGCACCUUACAGCCACGGGAGCAGCAUCACCCACAGGAGCAGCAACAGGGACAUCAGCAGCAACAGCCGCACGACUUCCCUCUGCUGCUGCAGCUCCAGUGCCCGGUUCUAGGAACGCGGGGACGGCACAGGGAGCUUUUGUUCCGUCUGCCCGCCCAGAAAUAUCGGGCAGCACGGAAAUGUCGCACGAUGAGACAGCUGCAGCCGGGCCAUCAGUGGCAGACAGCCUGGUUAACCAUGACAUGCAUGUGACCCAUUCCGGUGGUAUGCAUGUGAGUCGUGCUACCGAUAUGCAUGUUACAUACUCACGAGAUAUGCAUGUGACUCCGGUGCAUGGCCAUGGUCCAGGCAUGUACCCACAUGUGGGGGCAACAGCUGCUGCUGCUGCCACUCGUGUCCAUAGCCAUGUUGCUGCUGCCACUCGUGUCCAUAGCCAUGUUGCUGCUGCCACUCGUGUCGAUGGCCAUGUUGCUGCUGCCGCUCGUGUCGAUGGCCGUGCUGGUGCAGGAACAGCCACUGCUGGGGGUAGGGUUUCACAAGCGAAACCUCUGGCUUCAGAAAGAGCAUUUGCCCAUUCCCCCCCUUCUCAUCCUCUCUAUCCCUCUCCUCCUGCUCCUCCUCCUGUCCAUCAUCGCCCUUCUCCUCCUCCUCCUCACCACACCUCUCCUCCUCCUCCUCCUCCUCCUCCGUCUCUUCCCACUGCCGCUGCACAUACUCAAGCUCCCUCACCUCUUCAUACUACUCCUCACCCCACCCCUGCUCUCCCACCAACGUCCUUCCCCCCACAUCCCCCCACCGCGCCCCACUCGCCCACAAUGGACCUAUCCGUAUGCCAGACCCAUUCGGUCACUAUGGGGGAGUCUCUUGGCCCGGAGGAGAGCUUCGAAGGGGAGGGCUUUGCUGAGUAUUUCUGGCAUCCAGGCGGGUUCAUCGACGGCUCAGAUGCAGUCGCUGCUGGCUUCUGGUUACAACCUGAUGCCGCUGCUGAUGCUCCUGCUGCUCCUCAUGCUGCUGCUGUGGCUGCUGCUCCUGCUGCUCCUCCUGCUGCUCCUCUGGGUCCCCUUUUGGACCCCUCUCCCCCUUCUCCAAGUCCUCCUCAUUCCAUCCCUACUCCCGGACCUCGUGCCGAACCUCCAGGGCCUCGUUCGGACCCUGUUCCGGACCUGCCUUUCGACCCUGCUCUGGUUCCCUGCUCUGACCCCUCUGACCCCUCUGACCCCCCUCUGGAGCAUCGAUCCGGCCGUCCCCCAACGCCCCUCUUGGAUGCGCCAGCCUCUGCUUGUUCAGAGCCCCCUACAAAAGAUUCAGUCCCUUUGGUUCCAUCCGCCCCUUCUGCGGUGGCUGCUGCUGCUGCCUCUGCUGCUGCUGCCUCUGCUGCUCCUGCCUCUGCUGCUCCUGCCCCUCCUGCUGCUCCUGCCGCUCCUGCCGCUCCUGCUGCUCCUUCUGCUCCUGCUGAUCCUGCUCCUGCUCCUGCUCCUGCCUCUUGUACAGUUGCUGCGUCAUCAUUUUCUGCAGCAGCUGCUAGAGGGGCAGCAGCAACAAUUGGCAAAGCAACCUCACAGGGAGCUACUCUUUCUCCUGUGGUUUUUCCAAAUGCAAGUGCUGCUGGCGUUGGUGCCGCCAGUGGAAGUAAAACGAGAGCGGUUUCAACAGCAGCUGCAGCCGCAAAUGCAGCUUUGCGGAAGGAAAGCAGCGAACGGAACGCAGGGGCCAGUGCUGGUGUAGGUGCAGCUGGUGUAGGUGUAACCGGUGGAACUCUACCCAAGACAAGUGCUGUAGCUGCUACAGCUGCUGUGGGAGCAAGAGUUCAAGCAGCAGCACCGAUAGCAGCAGCAUUGACAGCAGCAGCAUCAACAGCAACAGCAUUGACAGCAGCAGCAGCAGCAUCAGCGUCAGAGGCUGUGGCGGCGGCAGUAGCUCCAGCAGUUGUUGCGGCUGCGGCUACUGCUGCUGCCUCUCCGGAUGCAACCGCUGCUGCUGUUGGUAUUACUGCGACUGCUCUUGAUACUGCUGCCUCUGCUGCUGCCUCCGCUGCUCUUGCUGCUGCUUCUGCUGCUGCUUCUGCUGCUGCUUCUGCUGCUGCCUCUGCUGCCUCUAUUCCUGCCACUGCCUCUGUCACUCCUCUCACCACCAGCAGUGCCACCGCUCCGGCUACGUCUCCUCCGACCGCUGCUGCCCCUACUGCUCCUCCUCCUGCCACUGCUGGUCUUGCUGCUUCCACUGCUGUUCCUCCUGCCACUACCGCACCAGCUGCUCCUUUAAAAGCAUUCAGUCCUGUGCCUCAUGCCACUGCCACUGUGCCUCCCAGCUCUGUGUCUGUCCCUCGUGCCUCUCCUCCCGCGCUUCACACCUCUGCCUUUGGACCUGGGAUGUCCACCGCAAGUCAUCAUCACAGCCAGCCGUAUGCACCUUAUUUGCCUCCUGUGAAUCCCCUGAUGCCGUUUGCCAACCCCCUCGUGCCGUACGGUUCCCCACACCCCUCUGUUGCGCCUGUUGGUGCUGCCACAACUGCUGCUGCUGCAGCUACAGCUGCUGCUGCUGCUGCUGCUUCUAAAGCUGCUCCUGCCACAGUUAGUGCUGCUACAUCUGCUGCUACAUCUGCUGCUGCACCUGCUGCUGCUGCUGCUUCCCCAUCCAAACCUCCAGCUGGUGCUGCCUCUCCCAGCCAAUCAGGGCCCGCCACGUCACCUCCCAGUACCCCUGCUCACCCUGCUGUGUUGGGAGUUUCCUAUUGGCCCGGUGCUUCCCCAGGGUACCCGCCCACCACUCCCCACCCAUCCCAACCUUCAGCGUACCCCAGUUACCCCUACAUGUCCCCUUAUGGCUACUACCCACCCUACCCUCCUCCCCAUAUGGUUUCCCCACAAUACCCAUUCCACCCCCAUUAUGCACACAUGUCGCCUCAUGGAGCUCCCAUGGCUCCGCCGUCCCAUAUGCCGCCUCAUGGAGCUCCCAUGGCUCCGCCGUCCCAUAUGCCGCCUCAUGGAGCUCCCAUGGCUCCGCCGUCCCAUAUGCCAUAUGAUUCCUCCGCUGCUGCUGCGGCUGCAGCAGCAGCAGUGUCUGCGGCGGCUGCUGCUGGUGGCGGUGGUAUGCAUGUUCCUCCUGGUUCUCCCCCCAUGCAUCCUAGCGCAUACCAUCAUGCACAUCAUCAGUUCCCCCCACCCAUACAUCCAGCCUAUGGGUAUUAUGAUCAUUGGCAUCCGCACUUUCCUCCUCCCAUGCCCCAUGUCCCUGCACAGCCCCGUGCACAUGCACUUCCGCAUGCACAUGCACCACGGGCAGGGAAUCAUGCAAUGGUUGGGGAGGGCCCUGGGGCAGAAAGGGCAGUACGUGCUUCUAGUCCGGCUGUGGUCGGUAUUGGGGGAGGCAGAGGAGUGGAGGGUGCUUCGCAUGGGUUUCCACAUCCAAGCUAAGAUGGUCAUUUGGAAGGCUUUCUAAGUUUGUUUGGCUAUGGCAACCGCCAAUGUUUAUCACUGCAAUACACCUUUUAGGCCUAUGCGGAGCUCGUUAAUAUCGAGUCCUCUGGUCGCUCUCUGCUUGGUUCCACAAAAGCGAGGAGGAUUCGUAACUUGGCGCUUUUACC